AGCCAUUGGGUGAACAUGGAUAUCCUGAUAAGGAUGCUACAUGACCGUGGACACUCCAUCACUGUUUUACAAUCUUCUAAGAGCUGGUACAUCAAAGAGGACUCUGCCUACUAUAACUCCAUCACGGUGCCUGUUGAGAAAGGCUUCAAUAAGGAAUAUAUCAGACCAAUGAUUUCAAAAUAUUUGGAAAUGAAGAGAGAGAACAGUUCCUUGAUUAAUUUCAUUCAUUUACAGGCAAUAAUGUCCACUUAUAUAUACAAAAUCCAUGGCAUCUCCAGUCACAUGGCGUCCUCCAUAUUUGAGGACAGAGCCUUGACGCAGGGUUUAAAUAAGAGUCAAUUUGACAUGGUUCUCACUGACCCUGCUGUCAGUGAAGGCAUCUUGUUGGCUCACUACCUUAAGUUGCCCUUAGUCUACCAUGUGCGGUGGGUUACCAGUACUGAUGGACACCGUAGUGUCGCCCCUUCUCCGGUAUCAUACAUACCUAUCACAUAUUCAGGCCUUUCUGAUAAAAUGACCUUCUUACAAAGGGUGACAAAUAUGUGUUUUUACCUCUUUUAUCAGUUUGAGUUGACCUUCCUAAUUCAGUCCCAACACCAGGCAGUCUGUGAUAACUAUUUUGAACCAAAAGUCAAAUUUCAUGAACUUGUGCAAGCAGCUGAUAUUUGGCUGAUGCGAGUCGAUUUUUUGUUUGAGUUCCCACGCCCCACUAUGCCCAACAUAGUAUAUGUGGGAGGGCUACAGUGUAAACCAGCAAAGCCCCUUCCUCAAGACCUGGAGGACUUUGUGCAGAGCUCUGGAGAACAUGGAGUCAUCAUCAUGUCUAUGGGAACAUUGAUUGGUGAGCUGCCAAGUGACUUGACAGAGGAAAUAGCAGCCGCAUUUGCUGAGUUGCCUCAGAAAGUCAUAUGGAGGCAUUUUGGGAAAAUACCAUCUACCCUUGGUAACAACACCCUCCUAGUAAAGUGGAUACCUCAAAAUGAUCUACUGGGUCAUCCGAAGACCAGAGUCUUUAUAGCUCAUGGGGGAACAAACGGACUUCAAGAGGCCAUAUAUCAUGGCGUUCCGGUUAUUGGGAUUCCUAUUUUUUUUGACCAGCAUGACAAUGUGGUGCGACUGAAGGAGAGAGGAUCAGCAAAGCUUCUCAUCCUUAGCACUAUUAACAGAGACACGUUCCUCCGAGCUUUACAAGAGGUGCUCCAUGAGCCAUCCUACAAGGAGAACAUGCAGAGGCUCUCCAGGAUCCACCAUGACCAGCCGAUGAGGCCCAUGGACCAAGCCCUCUACUGGAUUGAGUUUGUCAUGAGACACAAAGGCGCUGCUCAUCUGCGCACAGAGUCCUACAAGAUGCCCUGGUACUCCUACCACUCAGUGGAUGUGGUAGUGUUUCUGAUUACUGUGUUUUCCUGUGCACUGCUGAUGCUGUUUGCCUCAUGCAAAUACGUUUUAGGGUUAUGCUAUAAACAAAAGAUAAAGAGAGACUAA